AAUACUUCCGGGUUACGUUUGAAGUUCGAUACAUAACACAUUUCAACACUUCAGCUGUUUUGUCCUUGCUGACCUGUCAUCGCUGCUAUGUCCACUGCUGUACUGGUCGCCGCUGUUGUCGGCGGUGGAGUUCUGUUUCUUAUGCGUCGUUUAUUCCCCAAUCGGAAAACUGCCAAAUUGCUCCGCUAUCCGGCUAACACAAUGCUAGGCAAAACGGUAAUUGUGACAGGCGCAAACAGCGGGAUAGGGAAAGCCGUAGCUGGAGAGCUGCUGAAACUCCGUGCACGUGUCAUCAUGGCCUGUCGGGAUCGCCAGAGCGCUGAGGAUGCAGCCCAGGACAUCAGGAGACAAGCGGGACCAGAACAGGGGGAAGUGGUCAUCAAACACCUGGAUCUCGCUUCUCUUGCAUCAGUCCGAAGAUUUUGCGAGGAAAUAAAUGAGGAGGAAUCCAAGAUUGAUGUGCUCAUCAACAAUGCAGGCAUCUACCAGUGUCCCUACACAAAGACAGAGGAAGGUUUUGAGAUGCAGCUCGGAGUGAAUCAUCUGGGUCACUUUCUUCUCACCCACCUGCUGCUGGACCUCCUGAAAUCUUCGGCUCCCAGCCGCAUCGUCGUGGUUUCCUCCAAACUUUACAAAUACGGCAACAUCAACUUUGAUGACUUGAAUAGCGAAAACAGCUACAACAAGGCCUUCUGUUACAGUCAGAGCAAGCUGGCCAACCUGCUGUUCACGCAUGAGCUGGCUCAUCAGCUUGAGGGCACAGGGGUCACGGUCAAUGCUCUCACUCCGGGCAUCGUGCGGACCAAACUAGGUAGACACGUUCAAAUCCCUUUUCUGGCUAAGCCGCUGUUCUACCUCGCCUCAUUGGUCUUUUUUAAGAGUCCAUUGGAAGGAGCUCAAACUCCGCUCUAUCUAGCCUGCUCCCCAGAGGUGGAGGGAGUGUCGGGGAAGUGCUUCGCUAACUGCGAGGAGGAGGAGCUGAUGGCCAAAGCUACCGAUAACGAGGCAGCCAAGAAACUGUGGGACAUAAGCAGAAGGAUGGUUGGACUUGCUGACUGAGCAGAGCCCAGUUUUGUGGAUGGUAUUGUAAGGACUUAAGUGUUCUUGGACUAGACUUACAGCCCUUCACACACCAAUCUGCCAGAUAUGGGUUGUGAAAAAACCAGUUGCUACCCUGUGGAUGAAAACAUUAAUGAAAUGACAUCUUGUGCCACUUAAAAUGUGAUGAUUAACUGUAUGAGUGACGCUGCAGUGAGCUGAUGCUUGUUAAAGUGAUGGUUCAGAAGACAAAGAACUGCUGUAGCUCCGAGUUUCCUCAGUCCACAAAUUCCAGUUACCACUAUUUAGGAAAGCAGUUCAUUCUUUAAUAAUUAAAAUGAAAGAAAACAGCAAUAAACCGAUUAUUAAAGUGAAUUUAAUGAGUAUACUACUUAAAACACCAUCCAAAAGAAGCUGCGGCUUGGUGUGAGGGGAAACAUUAUCCAGUCAAGGAAUAAAAUUUAGAAAUAUUUCAAUUCAGACAUGUAAAAAUGAUUCCAAAAUCUUUCCAAUAUAUUUUAUCAAGUAAACCUAUGUAGUUCAAAUUGAUAUAAUGCCAACAUAUCCUUUUUUUCCCCUCUUUCAUGCUAGUGAUUUUCUCAAGAUUCAGACAUGCACAUCAAGAUCAAAAGGAAUUGCAUCACUGCAUUCAUGAAAGCAAAGCUGAGUUAUCAAAUUUAUCUCCAUGAUGAGGUCACCUUAUUGCUUGUAGUCUUCAAAUCCUCAGAGUGGAGUGAAACACAUCUAUUUCAAGUUGAGCUGUUGUGUUUGAAGCCUCAAUUUGUGCAUACUUUAGCAUGUAUUUUGCAGUGUAAAGGAAGAAGAGGUGGGGAGUGGCUGUUAAUCUUGUUUCCUCUUGAUGCGUUUGAAGUGUAAAUGGUUUCUGCUGCGUCUGGAAAGGUCGACGAUGCAGAUCAAGGGAGCCGCUGAUGCUGCUCUGCGACUCCCUCCGGUGGAUGGAUUCAAUCUCACAAGUAAAUCCCUUCUCACCUCAGCAGGAGCAAAAGAAUACACAGAUCGGCCACAACAUUAAAACCACUGAAAAGUGAAAGGAUUCAACAGAUUGCCUCUUUUGUUAUGAAAUGUGCUGGGAAGCUGUGGGUCUUGGCAUUUGUGUGAAUGUUGAAUAGUGCCUCAGUGGGUCUUAAACAGAGGAUUUUAAUUUAGUUGCUUACUCCUGUAGUUAUAUAAUAUGCAAUUCAGCUACAUAAUGAAUUCCAGAUCCCUCAAUAUGUAAUUUUUUCUUAGACUACUGAAUUCCUGCACCUAAGUGCACUUUCAGCAAAUUAUUUGGUGUAAAAUAAAAUAAAAUAAAUAAAUAAAAAACUCCUUUAGAGUCCAAAACAAUAGACCUAAUGUAACAUAGAAUUGCAGGAGUUUCUCUAAUCUGAGGGACUGGGGUUAAGAUUUGUGGUGUGUUUUGGCAUUUUCUCUAAAUGUAUGACUUACAAAUAUAUGAAGAUAGGACAAUAGAUCUUUUCUAUGCUAAGGAGGCAUACAGGGCUGUAUCUCUCCAACCAAUGGGCAGAUCUGAUCACAACAUAGUCUAUCUCCAAGCCACAUACAAACCUCGUGUACAGAAGCUUCCUGUUACCACCAGAUCUUUCAGGAAGUGGUCACCAGAGGCAAGGGAUGCACCGAGAGACUGAUUUGAUUACGCAGACUGUGAUGUACUCCUGGGAGAGCAGGAAAUGAACACAGUCUACAUCCGUUUCUGCAGGGACACUGUUAAUCCAGUUAGGACUGUACGGUUCUAUCCUAACAUCAAGGGCCUCCCGAACCAGAAGAAGAUGGCAUCCCAGGAAGGGGAUAAGGAAAAGCAGAGGAGUGUGCAACAAAAGCAUAGACAGACGAUAGAAAGACAGCUGGAAAAAAAGACACCCGAGACAUGUGAAAUGGAAUGAAGACCAUCACUAGCUACAAAGUGAAGAAUGUGGAAGAUGAAGUAGAAAAAGCCAACUCUACGCUUCUGCAGCUGUAGUGAGAGGCUGAUCUCAACGUGCUGCAGGAGUGACAGGUUCAGGAGAUCCUUUGUCCCCAACGCCAUUAGACUGUACAACAGUGACUUCAAACAUGAUCCUCUUAGCAUAUAAUGGGAACUAUUUAUUUUAUGCCUCUUAAAUCUUUAUGGAUGUUCUUAUUUUAUUCAGUUUAAUUAUUAUCUUACUGUUAAUAUAUGUAAAUAUGUGAGCUGCAGGACUAUAAAUUUCCCUAUUAUGAUAAAAUCUAUCUAUCUAUCUAUCUAUCUAUCUAUCUAUCUAUCUAUCUAUCUAUCUAUCUAUCUAUCUAUCUAUCUAUCUGAUUAGUUAAUAAUGUAAUAUUUGUAUUAGCCUUGCUUCUAUUCUAAUACACAGACUGAAGACAGAGUUAUCAGGCCUGGCAGAGACCAGGACAAGAUAUAAGCUUAGUAAAAGUGGUAUUUAAAAGAUAACUCUUGGCAUAAAGAUAUUUCUUCCAGGUCUCGAGUAUGUCAUUUAAAAUCAUGUUUGUGUUAGUGAAAUAAACACAAAUAUCAGUU